AUGUACUUUAUGCCUUUGGGUAUGCUAGGCAAUCGAUAUCUACAAAUCGGGAUUGAUGCCGAUGAGAGGAAGGGCAAGAUGAAGGAAAAAGUCCAGAUCGAAGAAGACACAAAUGACACCCAUAGAAACCCCAUACAGCCGAGCCUUGAGCCAAAUGAUGAACAACCUUUUCCAACUCUAUCUAUGCUUCGUCCGGGUCAUUUCGCCAUUGGGAAAGAACAAAAAAUUAUCAGAAUGAAAAGGGGGAAAGGGGAAACCGACAACGAGAACAAUCAGCCAGGACUCCAUCCAGUGCUCUUUUCCAGACCCACACUGGUGUAUGCUAUGAUGGUGUUGCUAGCAAACCUAUCAACAGAAACAAACAGAUGCCAGGAUGAUGAUGAUGAUGAUGAUGAUGAUGUGAAAGAUGAGUGA